UGGUUCUGUCCUAAUGUGUUUCAAAAACCACGAAACUAUGGCAGUGGCAAUGAUUUCUAUUUCCUUGACCCAAGAUUAUUGCUCUUUCAAAUGGGGGUUGCCAAAUGGUUUUCUGCGGAAACAAAUUCUUACAGAAACCUCCACUACUGCCAAACUCAAGUUUUCAUGCCCUCCAACUCUUGAAGCCAGCUUUAAGAAAACAGCAAUUUAUGUUUUAUCUCCCAACAAAUCUUCACCAAGCGUGAUGAUGCCAGAGUUACUUGACGGAUGGAACGACGAAUAUGGUGGAGUCAUAAUUAAUCCAGAGAGCUUACCCAUGAGUGCAAAUGCUUUUGCAUCUGCUGUUCAGGCUUCUCUGUUCAACUGGAAAAUGAAGGGGAAAAAGGGGGUAUGGCUCAAAAUACUAAAAGAGCAAGCUGAUCUUGUCCCAAUUGCAAUUCAGGAGGGUUUCAACUUUCACCAUGCUCAACCAGGAUAUGUUAUGCUAACAUACUGGAUUCCAAGUGGGCCUUGUAUGCUUCCCGAUAGCCCUUCACAUCAUAUUGGUAUUGGAGCUUUUGUGAUCAAUGACAAAAGAGAGGUUCUUGUGGUAAAAGAGAAGUGUCCUUGUAGCUGCUCUGGUGUGUGGAAAUUACCAACUGGUUAUAUCAACAAGUCUGAAGAUAUAUUCUCUGGUGCUAUAAGAGAAGUGAAAGAAGAAACUGGGAUUGAGACAACUUUCCUUAAAAUGGUAGCUUUCAGACAUGCACACAAGGUUGCAUUUGAGCAGUCGGACUUGCUGUUUGUGUGCAUGCUUAAGCCUUUGUCAUCUGAGAUCAUAAUUGAUGAGAAGGAAAUCCAAUCUGCAAAGUGGAUGGCUCUUGAUGAGUUUAUUGAGCAGCCAUAUUAUGAAGAUGACCACUUGUCAAAUAAGAUCAUUGACAUAUGCAUUGCGGCUCAUGAAGACAACUACAGUGGAUUCACUGGUCAUCAGCUCAACUCCAAACUUGAUGGAAGAUUAUCCUAUCUGUAUUGUAACCAUGUGAAUUGAUACAUAUAUUUAGAA